GGGGGUGGCUCGCCGCCAGCUGCGUAGUUAUCACACAGCAUAGAAUCUUGCUCGUUCUUUCUCCGAGGACAACGAAUCAUGAACGGCGUGUUUCAGGUGGCUCAUGGAAUCGUCGAGAUUCUGUAGUGCUCCAAAAAUAGACCAUCACCGUGAAUCAGCGCCGUGUUGGGGUGGCGGGCGGCUAGAGGAGGGCCGCGAUUCGCCUGUGCCCCUACGCGCCGGAGUUGAUGAAACGACCGGGUGUGAUGAACUGGCAUGUCGGCCAUCUGGAACGCACCCGGACUGGUUUCAGGCCCCGGCCCAGGGGCCGCCCGGCGCGUCGCUGGCUGCAAGCGACUGACUAGCUGUUCUAAAUCGGUCCGUGUCAACCGUCAUGCGCUCCUCUGGUCCGGGCGGUUAAUCAGGAGCGUGGCCUGGGAUCCGAAUAUAGAUCAUGGGGCCUCAGCGGCCUAUCAGCGGCAUUCCGUGAGCACCCAAACCCUUGGCCGGUGCUCUCCCGGGCGGCUAUUCGGAUCGCUGCGAGGAGAUCGUGGUGAUGUGGAGGUUGCUUCUAAUCUUGGAAACAAACAAGUGAGCCUGCAUGAUGGGACAAAAAAAGCAUCAUCAGAAUCCUCGUGCACAGGCUUUUAUAUGCUCUUUCCGCCAGGCUUUGAUCGAGUUGGCUCAUCCCGCAGUCUGGGCACAGCCUUACGUGGAUUUUGCUUUGGUCUGUGCUUGAGCUGCUGAGCUUGUUGGCUUUGGCUUGUACUAAUUAUCAUCUGUCUUUGCUGUCCUCCAAUCACCUUGUUCCUGUUCCUUUUCUGCUACGACGCCUGUCCAGCACAGCCCCGACACAGCCUCAUCCCCAGGUCAACCGUUGGAG